AUGAAUUCAGUGUCAGAAAACUCUAAAGAGCUUAAACAAGCCACUGAAAAUUUUAGUGUAACUAGAGUACUUGGCCAAGGUGGUCAAGGUACCGUGUACAAGGGAAUACUUGUUGAUGGUAGAGUUGUCGCAGUAAAAAAAUCAAAAGUCGUGGAUGAAGACAAGUUGGAAGAGUUUAUCAAUGAGGUUGUCAUUCUCUCCCAGAUCAACCACAGAAACAUUGUAAAACUUUUAGGGUGUUGCCUUGAGACAGAUGUUCCUGUUCUUGUCUACGAGUUCAUUCCCAAUGGCAACCUUUUCGAACAUCUUCAUGAUGAGUUGGUUGAUCAAACAAUGACAAUUUGGGAACUGCGUCUCCGCAUUGCUAUAGAUAUUGCUGCAGCUCUUUCAUAUUUGCAUUCGGCUGCAUCAUUUCCAAUAUAUCACAGAGACAUCAAAUCUACAAAUAUAAUGUUGGAUGAGAGAUAUCGAGCUAAAAUAUCUGAUUUUGGCACUUCAAGAACAGUAACAGUGGAUCAUACACACCUUACAACAGUCGUUUCAGGUACGGUGGGAUAUCUGGAUCCUGAGUAUUUCCAGUCUAACCAGUUCACAGAUAAAAGUGAUGUUUACAGCUUCGGAGUGGUGCUUGUCGAGCUUAUCACUGGAGAAAAAUCAGUUUCUUUCUUGCGGUCUCAAGAAAAUAGGAUACUAGCAACUUAUUUCAUUCUUGCAAUGAAGGAGAACAGACUAUUUGACAUUAUCGAUGCACGGAUCAGAGAUGGUAGCUUGUGGAAUCAAGUGACUGCAGUGGCAAACCUUGCAAGGAAGUGUUUGAAUCGGAAAGGGAGGCAACGGCCAAGUAUGAGAGAAGUGUCUAUGGAGUUGGAGAAAAUUCAUGCUGCGGAUUUGCAACUACAUGCCUAUGGUAGUGAAAACGAGGAAGACAAUAAAAAAGAAGUUGUGGAUGCUGAUAUAGGGAUACAAUCAUGGAACAAUACUGCUGUUACUGCUCCAGCUUCUCACUAUGAUGUCGGCACAGCGUCUUUGUCAGUGUCCGAUGUUGAGCCUCUGUUUCCUUUUCAAACACGGUAA